CGCUCACCUGCCGGGCUGUUCCCAGGGCCCUCGCGCCUGUCCUGGCCGUCCUGCCGCCUCCCGGGCCACCGCCGCAUCUCCAGAGCACGACCAGGGGCCCUGGCGCCGCCACCAGCCGAUGAGACACGCCCGGCCCCAGACCUCAUGCAGCUCCGGCGCUCGGGCGCGCGCACGCGCAAAACAGCGACAAACCCUUCCUAGUGGCGCCACACCCCCGAGGGGGUCUCCGAGGGGGUCUCCGAGGGGGUCCCCGCGGGCUCCGGCGGCGUCGCGCGUGCGCAGUAAGGACGCGGCGCCGGCUGGGGACCGCUCUGUGACUAUCCGCCGCAGCCUCGGACUUUUUAGGGAUCGGAACACGCGCGCGGUCUUCCCUACAGCACAGAACCCCCGGCGGCCGCCGCGGGCUAGAUGCCGCGAGGAUACCCAGCGCCCCCACACCUCCUUUAAGUCGGGCACCGCCAAGGACACAUCUCCCGGGUCCUCCAAGCGAAGCGGCUCACGGAAGUGCUCCGUCCCCCGCCCCAGCCGGCCGCCCCGCCCGGACGCCGCCCCCCUCCGCCCGCCGGCUGCGGUGCCCCUCAGGAGCCGCCCACCGGCGGAACUGCCGCUUUCCUGCGCCUCCUCCACAAAGACAGCGACCCGGUGUGUGCUCUGCAGCGUUGUCGCCCCUUCACGGGGUUUUGUUGUUUUUCUGGAUCACGGCGACCCACGCCGCUUUUAAUGUUCCCGCAGAUGUGCUGUCGGGGGUUGGGAACUCUGACAUCAGAGGCCCAUGCUGUCUGCUUUCGAAUCGGGAAUAAGACACCGUUUCUGAGAAAGGGGGCCAGGACGGCCUUUGGUGACCUUCUCACGUCUCCUGCCUGCGCCUCCUGGCAGCCCCGGUUUUUCUCCCAGGUUUUGCAAGGGAGCGUAUUGUAGCUACGGGCCUUCUUGCACGUGAGACUGCUGUGAUUUUAUUACAGCUUGGUGGCAAAGAUGCCUGGGAAAAGGUCCCUAAAUGCAUCGGUCAUCCCAGGUACCAAAAGGGAACGGAAAGCAAUUACCCUCGACCUAAAAUUGGAAGUGUUAAGACGAUUUGAAGUGGGUGAAAAGCUCAGCCAGAUCGCAAAAGCCUUAGGCCUUGCUGUCUCGACGGUAGCCACAAUCCGAGAUAAUAAAGAAAAAAUCAAAGCGAACUCACAAAUAGCUACUCCCUUGAGAGCCUCUCGGUUGACACGCCAUCGAAGUGCACUCAUGGAGACCAUGGAGCGCCUGCUGCACGUGUGGCUUGAAGACCAGAGCCAGAGGAAUGUGCCCCUGAGUGUCACCAUUAUACAGGAGAAGGCUAAGAGUUUGUUUGAUGACUUACAGCGUGAAAGAGGUGGAAGCUCUCAAACAGAAAAGUUUAGUGCAAGUAAAGGGUGGUUUGUGAGAUUCAAGGAGCGCCAUUGUCUGCUCCACUUCAAGAUGAACAGUGCAGCUCCUGGAAACAAGGAUGUAUAUCCAGAAAUGCUGAGAAGCAUCAUUGAAGAAGGUGAGUACACCUCUCAGCAAGUUUUUAAUGUAGAUGAGACAGGGCUUUAUUGGAAGAGAAUGCCAGAGGGAAUGUUUAUUUCUAUGGAAGAGAAAGCUGAGCCAGGCUUUAAAUCUUCCAAAGAUCGCUUGAUGCUGCUUCUUGGUGGCAAUGCAGCUGGGGACUUUAAGCUGAAACCCUUAUUGGUGUACCACUUGGAAAAUCCCAAGGCUCUGAAAGGGUACUCCAAGCCCAAUUUGCCUGUGAUUUGGCGCUCAAACAAAAAGGCGUGGGUGACCAGGAGCAUCUUUCAGGAAUGGUUCACAUACUUUUUUUGCCCUGCUGUUGAAAAAUACUGUGCCCAGAAUAAUCUCACCAAUAAAGCAUUGCUCAUCCUAGACAAUGCACCAUGCCACCCAGUAAAUUUGAGUGAUCUGUCUGAUAAUGUAAGAGUGGAAUAUCUUCAUGACAGUACAGCUGACUCAAUCCAGCCCAUGGGUCAAGGCAUAGCCUCUACCUUCAAAGCUCAUUACUUGAGAAGAACUUUUGAGCACAUCCUAGAAGCAACAGAUGGAGAAGAUACAGCCACGAUCAGGGAGUUUUGGAGUAAGUACAGUAUCUUGGAUGCCAUAGACAACAUUGCAGUAGCUUGGGAGGAGCUCAGACCAGCAACAAUGAACAGUGUGUGGAAGAAGAUUUGGCCUGAGUGUGUUCAGUUCCAUAGUGUUUCCCAAACAGAUGACAUUGCACAGCUUCAACAAAACAUUGUGACCCUCGCCAGGAAUGUGGCUUUUGAAGAGGUUGUAGAAGCUGAUGUGGACCAGUUGCUGAGGUCCCACGAGGAAGAUCUCUCAAAUGAGGAGCUGAUGCAACUGGAACAGGAGCCUAAAGGAGAGGAGGAGAGUGAAGAUGUUCCACCUGCCCUGCGCCAACUAACCACAGGAGAGCUGUCAACAGCCUUUUCACAUUUCGAGGCAGGCUUGCAAGUCCUUACCAGUAACAGCCCCAAUGAGGAAUGGAAAAUGCAAGUUUCGAGAGCAAUCAAUGAUGCAAUAAACUGCUACAGGGAACUGUACAAGGAGAAAAAGCGGCGCUCAAAGCAACUCUCUUAGCGGCGCUCAAAGCAACUCUCUUUUUCAGUGUGUGUAACCAAACAUUCAUCAAAAUAAAGCUGGAAGUAAAAAAGAUGACCUCAAGGGAUGAGGUCAAGCCUAUUUCCAGGUGCUUCACAUCCCUGGAAACUGUUUCUCUGGUAUUUUCAUUUUGACACUUGAGAGUAUCAAAUUUUGUCAUUAAAAUUUCAAUUAAAUAGUGUUUUUAGAAUAUUUACAUGCAGGCAUAUCCAGGUGCCAGCCAAGCCUAUUUCCAGGUGCUUCACAUCCCUGGAAACUGUUUCUCUGGUAUUUUCAUUUUGACACUUGAGAGUAUCAAAUUUUGUCAUUAAAAUUUCAA